UUGAAGGCUGCAGCGCAAGAAUGUGAGUCUGUAAAGUCAGCAGGUCUCCAACAGACGUUGAGCCAAUAUAUUCACUGUAAUAACGGGUGAAUAAUUUUGAACUAUAUUUUCUCUGGAAUAUUUUACGUGUAUCUAGAAUACACCCCAAGUAACAAAGUGACAUGAAAUGACGUCAAAGUGGACCUUGCGGAUUAUACGGAUUAAUCUCACUCUUGCGCUCAAUCCCUCAUCAGUCCCUUCAUCAUUUCACGUUCGAUCGGUUUAACGUUACCGCAAUCGGAUUGGCGACGUUAACACGAUGUGUGGUGCGAUGUAAAAGAGUUCCCGUAAAGGAGUCUCUUCUCGUAUGUCGUAAGAAGAAAGGGGAUCUCGCCGGACAAACCACAUGUCAAGACUAUCAUUGACGGGCCUCGAGGAUCCCGAUGAGCGAGUAGCAGCAGCAAACGACACAUGACACACGCACGCCAAGUGUAAACCUUGUGAAACAUAGGUGAAAACGGAAAAAGAGACCGCGAUAUGUGGUGGUUUCUGUUGCUGAGCUGCUGGUCGUCCUCCUCGUCCCAGGGCGUGACCCGGUCGACGGUGUUGCACGCGAUGCUCGGCGAACAGGUCGACCUCGUGGGCGCCGUGAACGCGAGCUACGCGUCCGACUGGCGGAGAGGCCUCGUGAACAACGGAGUUAAUGAUGCGAUGGGCAACGGGGAGUCUGCCGAUUCCAUCGAUUCGCGGCAGCCUCCCGCCAAUACCGUCGAUCGCGAACCGUUGGACGAAGUGGAGCGUAUCGAGCCCAGGCAGUGGCCAGGCAGACCGGAUAUCCUGCCGACUCGCAGCACCGCGCCCUUCACCACGGAAACCUCCCUGUCUACCGGGCCUCUGUACCCCACCACGCUCGCCCAAAGGAACCCCUCCUCGCAAAGAUUCCCGACGAUUACGGUGCCACCGCCGACGGUCACCGUCGACGAAGUCUUCUGCGACUUCGGACCGAACCCGUCGAUGCCGCUCUGCGAGUGGCAAAAUGGUAACGGCGCCUUGGAGUGGAUGCCGGGUACCGGAUUGGGCACUAACUGGGUGGGUGGACCGGCGGCCGAUUUUACGAGCGGCACCAUGGAGGGAGGGUACGCCUUCGUGGAGACGUCGCACGUACCACCGAAGGAUCUGAAAUUCAAGAGCUCCGGUGGUCUCCUGCACAGUCCACAGUUAGGCAGCACCGGGGUCUCCGGCACUUGCUUCAUGUUCAAAUACUCCAUGGAUGGUCUCAGUAUCGCAGGGCUGCGGGUAUUGCUGCACGUCGGUGUAGACGAGUUCUCGUACAAGAAGGAGCAGCUCGAGGAGGAGCCGCCCACGGAAAAUGUCACGGCGCCGGUGCCUUGCGAGCCGGUGGAGGUCUUGGAGGAACGAGUGCUGUGGCACGCGCAGUAUUACACGCUCGGAGUAUGGCAGCAGACCCAAAUACUCUACACUUUCCCCGAAUUGCACUCGGUGAUCAUCGAAGGUGUGCCGGUGGACUCGACGGACCCGUCGCGUCUGUAUCGCGGGUACAUCGCCAUCGAUGACAUAGACCUGCAGCCUGGCACGUCGUGCGUUGGCUUCUGCAACUUCGCCAAUGGCUUCUGCGACUGGAACAACGACGCGGAGGACGAUUUUGAUUGGACCAUAAGCCGUGGCAGCGACAAUCCCACGACCGGUCCGGCGAUGGACAGCUCCAGCGAUCGCGCCACAGCGGGCGGUUACGCGUACAUCGACUCCAGCUUCCCGCGACGACCCGGCGACACGGCGAAGCUGGUAAGCUCGAGCUUCCCGGCUACCACCGCGGACGCGCCGAUGUGCACGCACUUCUGGUUCCACAUGUUCGGGUCCGGGAUCGGUUACCUCAGGCUCUACCUACGUCACUUUCGCAGCUCGGACAACCAGCUGCAGGAGAUCUGGGGACUGUCCGGGAACGCCGGCAACGCCUGGUUCAUGUCACAGGUGACGAUCAGCUCGCUCGACGACUUCCAGCUGAUGUUCGAGGCGUCGGUGGGCAUCACCGGCAUGGGUGAUAUCGCCAUCGACGAUAUCUCGUACGCACAAGGCGCCUGCCCUGUUUCGCCGCAAGUGGCCGCUCCGAUACCGCGAGACUGCACGUUCGAGGUCGACGAGUGCGAGUGGAUCAACACGCGCGACCCGGACCGCGUCGAGUGGGAGAGGGUGUCCACGCAGGUGUUGGGCCCGAGAAACCAGAGGAAGCCCUACAGCAAUGGGCACACAGUUAAUCGACGCAACGAGUACUUCCUGGGGCUCGCUCGUGUACGUGGUGGCUCACGAUCGUCCGGAGGCGGUACUGCUCAGCUAGUCAGCCGGGAGAUGAAAGGUUCUGAGGAACCGCUGUGUAUCACGUUCUGGUACUUCAUGUUCGAGCCGUUCAUCGACUCCACGGGACCCAGCUUGGGCGUCUUGCGACUGUACGUGCAAGAAGUGGGCGACACCUCGACGGAAGCCAAGCCGAUCUGGCAGUUAUACAAUAACCAAGGUCCCACGUGGAGCUACGCUCAGGCUAACAUCAACGAGAACACGGACUUCAACAUCGUAUUCGAGGGCACAUGGGGCCCGAACAGAGCGAGCGGUAGCAUAGGAAUCGACGAUAUCGCGUUUUAUACUGGGAAUUGCAGCGUGAAGCCACUGAGUGCGGCCGUGCGCGCGGAGGACUGCAGCUUCGAGAAGGGCCUGUGCGGAUGGGAGAACACGACCGCCUCCGACAACGACCGGGCCGUGAUGUGGCAACGCGCUUUUCAGACCCACCGGCCGGCUCAACUGUUGGACAGGACGUUCGGUGCAACUGGUGACUUCGUGUUCUUCGACAUCUUCACGAACAACAAGCAGUCGACGACGGUGCAGUUGCGAUCGCCCGUCAUCAGCCCAUUGCCCGACGAGGAGUUCGUCUGUUUCACCUUCUGGUUCGCCGCCUUCGGCGUGGAGGAGUCCACCACUCUGCGAGUGAUCAAAGCGCCCGCUGAGGAGGAUGGGAACGAACAGAACGAAGACGCGCAGGAGCAGGCGCUGUGGUCACUGACAGCGAAGGGAUUGAACAAUCCGCGACCGGUGUGGAUGGCGGCACAAGUGACGAUCGAGGCGCGUACCCCGUAUCGACUGAUCCUCGAGGGAAGCGCGAGUAACGGUGGCUUCGCCGUGGACGACAUAAAGUUUCAGCCCUUGGCUUGUGGAAUUCGACCACCCAGCGCCCAACCGAUCGAAAGCGAGACGUAAGAGGGACACCGGCAAAAUGGACCAUGAGAUAAAGAAGAAAAAAAACGUAGUAAUAUUUUUUUUAUCAAUUAGUUUAUUAAUUAGCUAUUAUUUAUAUGUAAAACUGUAACGCAAGUAGAACACGCAAUAAAAAAACUUGGGAUAUACCCGAUACGA